AGGAUCGAAACACACAUCGAACCAGGGAGUAGCGUUAGAGAUGUGAUUUACUUUGCAAAUCACCACACCGCACCAAACCAUCAUUGGCGACCGAAUUUACUGACCCCAAACCCAGAUUGGCCUACUGUGGGAAAUCGACAGAGGUUCAGCAAGGAGCCACUGACAGAGGAGGAGCCACUGACAGAGGAGGAGCUCAGAAAAAGCCCAUUCGGUAAAUACCUGAAAGAUGCACAACGGGUAAAACCUACCGUCUCUACAUUCGAUUCAGGCAGAGCAGAUCUGUCUUCAAUGAAUAGUAGCACGAGUACAGUUCCUUCAUCUCCUAUUCCCAGAGCUCCCACACGUUACCGAGAUCGGAUACCUUCCCCGUGGAUGAACCCACCGAGAAAAGAUAUGGAAACCCGUACUAAUCUCCACCGAGUGAAUUCAAAAUCUCUACCUCAUAUCACGAAGCCUCUUUGCGAAUUCAGGUUAGUUCUGCAUUACUUCAUUUUUCUUCAGCUGAUUAUUUGUGCUCGUUCUGAAAAGUGA